AUGUUCGGGACAGCAAAAUAUUUUUUAGUAACAUUUCUGCUUGCUGUAUUUAUCAAAAUUUCUUCCCAGCAAGGUCUGCCAUGCGGAGGUGACGAGGACUGUGGCGUAUUUGAUGUCUGUGUUCUUGAUAUGUGCAUUGCAAAUCAUCAAGAAUGCUGGCUAGAUAACCAUGAAGAUUGCGAAGUAUUCGAGUACUGCUUGGAUGGCGAAUGCGUACCGGAUCAUCAAGAUUGCCCGAAUGGUACACGUCCAGAAGAUCAGGUAUGCGUGAAAAAAAAAUGCGAAGUGCAUCCAGAUACUAAGCAGGGCCCACCGGAAAUCAUCCAAGACUGUUCGAAUGGUACCUGUCCAGCCGGUCAAGUGUGCAUGAAUAAGAAAUGUGAAUUGCUUCUAGAUACUACGCAGGCUCCUCCGGAAACCACCCAAGUAACGGUAGCGGCACCGCCCUGCAAGGUUGGAUGGAUUCAUAAACCAAGCCAAAAAGCAUGCUAUAUGGUGAAAAAGGGAUCGCACAGUUUUCACGAAGCAAGAUCCGAAUGCUUAGCGUUGAGUGCACAAUUAGCGACUAUUCGAAAUGGGACUGAAAUGCACGAAGUUAAUGGUAAGUCCACAUUAAACCAUUUUUUGCUAAGGAUUUUACUGUGUAACGUAUUAUACGCUGCAGCAAUGAUACAAAACGUUUUUCGUCGAGAGAAAAUGAGCAACACCGGAAAUUCAAAUUUAGCCUCCUUGCAUCACAGAUGGACACGUAAAAUUUGGCGUGGUAACAUUCCGUUUUGUGAACUAGACAUGACAGAAAGCUGA